GAUAUAAAAGGUGAGGCCCCCAGAGGGGCGCUGAGCGGCUCCUCCUGGACGGGGACGCAGGGGUCCCAGGCUGGGAGGUGAGCGCUGAGACCCGCUGGUGCCGGCCGGGAAGCAGGAGCUCUGCGCACCAACUCGGUACUGCUGCUCAGCAGAGGUCGUAGCCUCGGAGCCCGCCACUCUCGACUGCUGUCCACGCGUCCCCGAGGACCCCGCGUCUCACCUGUGAGCCCCGCGCCCAGUCCGGCCGCCGCGAUGAGCGAGCUUAACACCAAAACAUCCCCAGCAACCAACCAGACAUCCAGCCCAGAAGAAAAAGGGAAGGCUGGCAACGCCAAGAAGGCUGAGGAGGAGGAGGAGAUUGACAUCGAUCUAACGGCACCAGAGACUGAGAAGGCUGCACUUGCCAUUCAGGGCAAGUUCCGGCGAUUCCAGAAAAGGAAAAAGGACCCCAGCUCCUGAAUGGCCAGCCUUGCCCUUCACGCUGUUACCUUCUCUCCCCUUCUCCACAGCCCUGACUCCCAUGUAUCUUGGCCCUUUGUCCCUCUAGCCUCUAACUGAGGCAAAGUCAACCUUUCUAUAUUCUUCUCUCUGGCAUUCUGAAGCCAUCACAGCAGUACAGGUACAAGGAACAAGGAGAAAAUGAAGACUUCAGUUGGGAGCUGUUUGCCUAGGGGUGAAUCAGUCUCCUUGGGCUGAGUAUCUAGGCUGGCCCUGUGGGGUUGGAGCACAAGAGGCUUUGAGGUUGAGCUGUCCCCACCACCGCCACCACCAAUGUAGGAAAGAGGGGAAGCCUUUAGAGUAGGGUGCCUGAGGGUGGGGCAGAGGCACUGCCUGCCAUUAGGACUUCAUGUGACACUUCAUGUGAUGUUCUUUCCCUUUCAGAUCCUUCUGCACUACCACCUCCAACCUCCUUCCUAGGAUCAAAGUCACACUGAGGUCUGGAGCCUCCUUUGCCCCAGGCAGACCUAAACCAAGCAGUUUACCACAUUAGUGCAUGCUGAGCAGCUUAGUUCCCAUGGAGGGAGGCAAGGAAAACUUUCCUUCACCAUCCAGUCUAAGACCAUAGCAGGCAGAGGCAGAAGAGGCUCCAGGGGCCAUAAGCAGGGAAAUGACAUAUAGUGGGGAUUUAAAGAAGAAAGAAAAGUCAAGAAUGGGGAGAUCUCUAAAGCCAUGGGUUACUGCAGUAAAAGCAUAGUACAAGAAGGAUCCUUGGAGCUUUGCUAAUCUGCCUACCUCUAACCACCAACUCUAGCCACCCCCAGAGGCUGCACGAGCCAAGCCAUCCCUGUAGUUCCCACCUGCCCCACUGUGGAGUCAGGGCCAAAAUGGAACAGCUACUCUGUGAUUUUUAGCAUGUUUAAUAAUUACAACAAUAAAACCCCCUCAAAUGGGGUCAUUUAACCUCU